UAAUCCCAGACACACAUCCACAGAGAGCAUGCCUAAAGAGGAGGAGAACUGUUGCAACAUUUAUGUUUAAUGGCCUAUGUUUAAGGAGUGCUUCUUUUUUUUCAGGCUUUUGGUCUGGUUUGACUAGUUCUGGAGGAGGGCUGGCAAGAAGGAGGGGAGAUAUACAGGGGAAAAGGAAGGUGUACAGAAAGACAGAAAACAGGUCAGCAGUGAAAGAGAGUAUGAAAGGUCUUUGGGAUCAGUGUCUAAACUGUCUCUCUGUCUCUCUUUAUCUGUGAAGAUAAAGCAUCAAGCGGACACACGAAGGAGAAAUCUGAAUCAGUGACUUGUCACUCUCUGGAUUCCUUGGGCUUGACAGACUGUGGAAAUUAUGUCCAGUUUCAUGUAUUACCUGCUCCCAGCAGUAGGGGGGUACACCAUAGUGUCCCUCUACCUGUUGAAGAAUCCACACAUCCUGCACAAGAAGAAGCGGACCGCCUUCCACUGCACACACAUCUCACACAGAGGAGGUUCUGGUGAGAGAAUCGAAAGCACCAUGGAGGCUUUCACACACGCAGUGGAGGUGGGCACAGAGAUGCUCGAGCUGGACUGCCACCUUACUCGAGAUGGCCACGUGAUUGUAUCGCAUGAUGAGAACCUCCUCAGGCAGACUGGGCUCGACGCCAACAUCGCCGAUCUAAACUUAGAGGAGCUACCACCGUAUAAGGAACAACUCGAGGUUACCUUUUACACAGGUCACUACAGCACUGGCUCGGACAGAAAGUUUGUCCUGUUAGAAGACGUCUUCCGCAAGUUUCCAAAGAUGCCCGUGAACAUCGAGGUGAAAGAGUUCAACACAGAGCUGAUUGAAAAGGUAUCUGGUCUUGUUAAGAAGUAUGACCGAGAGGACAUCACAGUUUGGGCAUCUAUGGAGUCAACGAUCAUGAAGGAAUGUUGUAAAGUGAAUUCCACUAUGCCUUACAUGUUCACAGUGACGCGUGGCAUACAGUUACUCCUGCUUUACUACACAGGCCUUUUGCCCUUCGUUGCAUUGGGUGAAAGUUUCCUGCAGUACUACCUGCCCCAAAUCUUCAACACGACUUACAUUCCAGAGCCUGGCAUUCUUAGGAACCGAUGGGUUAUCUCUCUCAUUCAAAAGUUGACUUUGAGGAAAGCAUUGCUUCAGCAUCUUAAAGACAGAGGAAUUCAAAUCCAUCUGUUUGUUUGUAAUGAAGAACGGGACAUCGAGGCUGCUUUUGCAGCGGGAGCAACUGGAGUCAUGACUGAUUAUCCCACUCUCUUAGCAGACUACCUUAGGAGGCACAGACAGGCCACAAGAUUGACAAGAUGAAUGUUGCACUGUAUAAUAAUAAUAAUAGUAAGAGGAAGAAGAAGAAGAAUAGUAGUGAGAAUUAUUUUUAAAUGAUUAAAGGUUUGUUUCAAAUGUAAAUAAAUAUAUAUAUAUAUAUUGUUAGAUCUACAAUAUUGAUUUUAAUACCCUUGUUCAUAUUAUAAACCGACUGACUUCCCUGUCUACUAGAUUGUACACUGAUUAGAAAUUCUUUUGGUUUUGCUCCAGAGUGCAGAUUUCAUCACCUUUGUGAGAACAUGGGGUUCUGGGGAAUAUUAGUGUCCAAUGGAAUAAAGCAAAACUAAACUAUU